UGCGGCUUUUUCAAUCUUGUGCUGUGACCCCUUGUGGGGCGAGCAUCCGCCAGUUCCAAGUAAGGACACUCGACUGAGUACUAGAGUAGUGCUCCUUGAGAUGCUUAAAAAAUACACCUCAGUUAGGUCGCCCCUUGCCCGUCUGUAGUAUAACUUCUGUAUAAGCUGAAUUUCAUUAUUAUUGUUUCCCUCUGCCUUUGUCGAUACUACGUAUACAGAUUUUAUAAUACUUGGGCGUUAUUUGUUUUUAUUUUAUGUGCAUUUAUAGUUAUUGUUUCACAAUUAUCUUGUGCAUGUAGUAAAUUUUGAUAGUGAGUAAUUUUCGAACUUGUCCUCAGAAAUCGUUCGAUUGAGAUUUAGUGAAAAAAUAUAUUUAAAUAAAGACAUUACAUUUCUGUUAGCAAUAGCUUCAUAUAAUUAUUUGUACUUAAAUUAAUUUUGAGCUAAAUAUUAUAAAAUUGAUUUAAAAUUCAUAUGGAUGAAAACUUAUUUUAUCGAGCACAAAAUGAGAUGAAGCCAAGUAUGGGAGGACACGGACGAGUGUUGUGUCUGGUGUGGGGGAGGACGAAGGAGCCUCACCAGUAGGACGUGAUAACCAUCUAGGGCGUUAACACUCUCUUAUAUACCUCGCCGCUUCCAAGUAUAAUGACUUUAUGACCUGUAAGGACGGAAUCAUGAGCAAUGAGGUGGGUGCGGCGCGUGGUGAUGUGGAUGGCCUGGUGUGCUGCUGUUACUGCUGCCAUCAAUUUGCUCCUAGUGGUCAGGGUUCCACCAGCCUCUUCUCCUCUUCACCACCACCACCGCACCCUGUCUCCCUCUACAGUACCCAGCAACGACCCAGUGGGAAACAAAGUCUACCUCCAGGGAGAAGUUUAUGCCAUCAGGGAUAGUGAAUACCACAGACGAAACCAACGCAAUUGUUCUGGACUGCAAAUGCUUAAUGCUCUCUACACACAUCUCCCAGCAGUUAGAGCACAGUAUAAAUCUCCUUCAUCAUACCUCACAGAUCUUGUAAACAACUUGAAAAGAGACAUUACAAGGAGGAGAGUUACCGGUGACCCUUGGGACUUGGCUCGUAAGUGGGCCAAACCAAGGUCGCUGGUUCCAGAUUCAGCUCGUGGCCUGGGAGAUGUGCUGGCUGCACUCUCUACUGCACCCAUCAUAGCUGCUGAUGUAGGCUACAAGGGCACACAACUUAAGGUUGCAAUUAUGCUCAAAGGUGGCCAGAAAGCUGUGUUCAAACCAAAAUGGUAUCCUCGCGAUGAAGUCAUAGAAGGGGAAGUAUACGCAGGCGCUGAUCGUCACAAUGGAGAGAUUGCUGCCUUUCACCUCAGUCGACUUCUGGGUUUUCCUAUGGUACCUCUAGCAGUUGGUCGAUCAGUAUCCCUAAAGCGACAGAUAUUACCUGUGGCAUCAAGGAAACUGGCAGCAACAUUUUUUUUGAGAAGAGGGGGACGACUUUGUUUUUAUGGAGUUUGUUACUACUGCCACAAGGAUUCUUCGGUGUGUGACAAUGGCCGCACUCUAGAGGGUACCAUCAUCCUUUGGUUGCCUCAACGUCUUCCACUUAUGCACCUGCCCCACCCCUGGGCACACACAUACAAGCGCACAAAGCUGGCUCAAUGGGAAGAAAAUGAAAACUACUGUGAGAGAGUUUUACAUCACCCACCCUUCAAUAGUGAUAAAUCCCCUCGCCUCCUAGACCUCAUGGACACUGCUGUGUUCGACUUCCUCAUCCAAAAUGGCGACAGGCAUCAUUACACUGUUGUAUCAGAUGAACCUAGUUCUUCUGUUGUUCUUCUUGAUAAUGGGAAAAGCUUUGGUGAUGCUUAUGUUGAUCACAUGGAUAUUCUGGCUCCUCUACUGCAGUGCUGCAGACUACGACAGACAACAUACGAGAGGCUGAUACUACUGAGUGGUGGAGGACUGUCUCGAGCACUGCAGGAACUUCUCGCACAAGAUCCAAUAUUUCCCGUUCUUACCAAGCCUCAUCUUCUUGCUUUGGAUCGAAGGGUUCUUCAUGUUCUGGCAGCUCUGAGUAUGUGCAAGGAGCAGAGAGGUGGCUGGCAUAACGUUCUCUAUUAGCUUUUUAUUGUUUGUAGUUCUCCCUUUAUAAAUGAAACAGUUAAAUUUUUUUAUUUUAAUUGCUCUGGGAAAAAGUAUUGAUAGUGUACAGGUUUAUUUUUAUGACCCCAAUGCAAAGUAGAGGCAUUUUGGUUUGUUGCAGUCCAGCCUGACUCAUAUGCACAGUAUCUCAGGUUUGGGUGAAUGGAUGUUGACCAAAUUUUUUGCUAUUGAUACUGAAAUACUACGGUAUACCUGUACACAAUUUUACAUUUUAUAUAAACUUUGGGCAUCAGGAGCUAAAGGUCACAGUUCAUAUGUACGAAGAUGAUCUAUGAAGACUGGACGAUUGGAUAUUGACCAAACUUAAUUCAUAUGUAUGAUAUUCGUACAUGUCCACACUAUAUUUUCAAGUAUUGGGUACUUUUGAUAAUUUUUUCUCCUCUUUAAUUUUUCCAGUUUUAGACUUCUACUUCUUGCAGGCAGUGGGAACAUGUUUUUGUUCAGUCCAGAAUGCGACGUUUAGCUUUUAUACCUGCAUAUAUAUAUAUAUAUAU